CGCCGAAACUUUCAUCGUGAGACUUCAAUACGACCUGAGCUUCACUUCAUCCUGACCUAGACCACCAACUCCAAUCUGACUUGGCAACCAAUAAUCUCACCCCGAUACCCAUCCGCAUAUACCUCGAUCGCAUCUAUACAUUGACAUAUGGUGCAUUGAUCCAAUCCUCGCGGCGAAACCAUCAAGCCUUCCAUCCCCCUUCCUCAACUCGUCCACACUACCGCUCACCACAAUGGUCCUCCGCAUUCGUCUCGCACGCUUCGGCAAGCGACACGCCCCCUUCUACAACAUCGUCCUUGCACAGGCCCGUACCGCCCGCAAUUCCCUGCCCAUGGAAGUCCUCGGCACCUACGACCCAAUCCCCAAGCCCCCGGCCCCCGGCUCCCCGCCCACUGCACGUAAGCACAAAGACAUCAAACUGGACAUCUCGCGCGCGAAAUACUGGAUCGGAGUCGGUGCGCAGCCGAGCGACACAUGCUGGCGGAUACUGGGCAUGGCGGGUAUCAUGCCGCCGAGGCCGAAGGUGCGGCAGCGGGACUCGUUGAGGAUACAAGAAGAGGAGGCAGCGAGGGCACAGGCGGAGAAAUUGGUGCCGCAGGGAGUCGUUGGGGGCAGGAUCGUGAAGCCUGCGGGGUUCAAGCAGAGGAAGGAGGCGUGAGAGAGAGGAGGGACUGGGGGCAUCAUACGGGCGUUUUGUAUAUUAUGCUACUACUAGAUGGUCGGUACAUCGCGGAUCCUUGUACAUAUAAGUGUGAAUCUUGGUCGAGUGGAUAGCGUCUGCUAAAGUGAUUCUGCUUAUGGACUUUAGGAGGUGAUUCACAUGCAUGCUAUAUGGCUAAAACUAUUAAUGAUGCCUCAUUAGCUCCUGAGGACCGGAAACAGUAAUCGCAAUCCGAUUGUCGUCGUUGAGCGUCCCAGGCAUCUCUACAGCCCGCUGAUCCUACCA